AUGUCGUGUUCUUCUGUUUAUCAUCGCUUGGAAGUUGCGGGGUCUCUAUCCCACGGCAUUGCUAUAGUCUGUACCAUCUUCAGGCUUGUUUACAGAGUUUGGACGCAUCGCAUCUGGUGGGAAGAUGCAUGGGCAGCAAUUUCACUCAUCUCAGACGUUGUCUGCCUGACAUGCAUUUGGGUCCCCUUGACAGAUAUGCCAUCCUGGGUCCUCGCAGUGGCUUUAACCUCCGUUUUGUGGGCAGCACGUAUGAGUGUCAUUUUUUGCAUCAUCAGAAUCGCCAACCAUUCAGACCGCAAGGUCCACAUAUGGAUCACUCAUCUUAUUGCGGUAUCAUUUGCCUGCAUGUGGGUCGCGCUGCUGAUUCAGAAGGUCAACAUAUGCAUAUUCCAUGCGUGCCAGAUGUCCGAGCCUGUGGCAAUCUCGCAACUGAUCACGGACGUUAUUUCGGAUUCUUCUCUCGUCGCAGCGCCACUGCAUCUCUUGAAAAAUAUAGGGCUCUCACGUAGCAGAAAAAUAUUGGUCCUGUCCUCAUUCGGCGCAUCGAUUGUAAUCACUGCCAUCACCAUCCCCCAUUCUAUAAUCCUCUUCAGGCCCGUGACAGAAACUACGCUCAUCUUCGCGCAUGUCAAGGCUGCGGUCAGUCUUAUCAUAUGUAACAUCCUGGUGAUCGUCACCUUCGCAUAUCGCGUAUUGUCGAAAGACACAUGUGAUCUUGACCAGUCUUUCUCAUCCCCCGGAAUGUUCUCGAGUGUCAUCGUGAUGUUCCCCCUAAACACGUACACUAGAACAUCAUUCUAUGGACAGGAGGGGACAACCUCGAAACAGAUAAUGACGGAGCAAACGAAGCCGAAGCCGGAUGACGCAAGUAUAGUGAGCGCCUGAAGAGGGCACUAACAUUGAGGGAUAGCUAGAAACAUGAAGGAUGGCAAGCAAUGAUCGAUAGCGAGGGAAGUUGCCAAUCAUGAUGGCAAGCGCGUUUUUUUCAUCUGACUACCUGUACAUAUGUGUAAUCGUGUAACUUAGCUAAGACUGUCGUCCCUUAACUGUAACGCCAAAAGCCAGUGAUACUGAAAGCUUAUGUUUCAGUAUCGCGGACAGUGUUUAUGUAGAAUCUGGGAACUCUAGUAAGCCAGCGUGCUUACA